GUUUGGUUCGGUUCGCACGUGCCAACGUGAAUCCUCAGGAAAGUCGGAAAAUAAACCCAAUAGUGGGUCGGUUUGGGGCCGGGUUUGUGGGUGCGGAAAAUCGGUGUGAAAUUAAACGUGACUUCGUGACGCCCUGUAAUGUAAUCUAUUAAAAGAAUUGUUUGCAUUCGCUGAUGAUAUUCGGGAUCCAACGCCGGACGGACGCAUUUAUUAUUGAAGGGUUUACGCGUAGGCUACGCACACCAAGGUGCGAGAAGCUAUAUAGGGAGAGUCUUAUCUUCUCACCAAAAACACAAGUUCCACAUGCCGGUGUAGAUAACAUAUUGGUUUCUGAGCGAGAAAUCAAAUCAAAUUUGAAAUUAGUCGUAAAACACAAACGUGGCGCAGCAAAUGAAGACCGUGCUGUUAAGAACUCUGAAUAACCAUCGGAAUACGGUUCUGUGAAAAGUGUUUACAAACAAACAGGUGUCGAUGCGGGCAGAUAAUGUGUCUUUAUUAAAUCGUUAGUGAAACAAACCCGAAGAAGAAUCACCAAGUAAGUGACACGAAGAAAUGAUCCGACAUGCUCAACCGAAUUCCAACCGAAAAUGAAUUGGCGAUUUGGCGAGAUUAAUUAUGCAUUCGCUAGCGCUGAUUCUGGCUGUCCUGCAGCAACUGGUUACGCAAAUACAACCGGCGGCGGCUUCCUUGGCCGCUCCAGCAUUGGCACCACACGAUAUUUCCUACCUGAUUUUAAGCCAACCCUCGAGCUUCCACGCAGAACGAGCGCAAGCCUUGAGGAGGAGCAUUGUGGAUCAACAGUCAACACUGAUUAGGUUGGGUGAUCAACGAGCGAACGCUCAAACCGAUGGCGGAAACGUGCAUCUGUCGCACGAAAUUUUCGCUGACCACGAAGGUUCCUGGGCCAUCACCCCCAUCCUCAAACACAUCAGGGCCAGUAUCCUGAAGGCGCGGCACGCCGGCACCCGCUGGUUGAUCAUUUGCGAGGAAAACAGCCACGUGAACGUGAGUCUAUUAACACACCAUUUGGGCAAAGAGGAUUAUCGACAGGAACUCUUUUUCGGCUAUCCACUGUACGACCGGGAGGCAACCAUUAUUCAUCAUUUUGCGUUUUUCAAGAAUCCAUCAGGAUUCCUCUACCCAUACCUGCGGGCAGGAAUCGCUUUGACCGUCCCGUUGGUGGACAACCUGAUCCAGCUGCUGUCGAGUGCGGGUUCGACGCUGACGGAAUUCUUCAUCGAUGCAGCCCACGAAUUUGCCCUUUUGGCAUGGCAUAGCGGCAAGGGCAAUCGGCUGACACCGGUGUCUUACCUGUGUGCCAGACCGGGCGAGGGUUGCGCCAUCCAUGCCACACCGGUGACGGGGUUGGAAACAUGUAUCUGCCACUCACCUGUUGAUACAACCGCCCCGAGCACGGAGCAAAUCCUGUUCGCCGUGAAAACGUGUGAGAAAUUUCACUCCGAGCGUGUCCCGGUCCUGCAGAAAACCUGGGCAAAAUAUGUACGACAUUUGAGGCUCUACAGCGACACAAGCGAUUCUCGUAUACCGACAAUCGCAACCACCAUUCCCAACACCAGCAUUGGGCACUGCGCCAAAACGUUGGAAAUUCUUCAUCUCAUCAACGAGGAAAUCCUGGAGAAUCCACUGCUGGCCGACGUGAGAUGGAUUAUGCUGGUUGAUGAUGAUACUAUUUUGAGCCCAUCGGCACUGGCUCGGUACUUGAGCUGCUUCAAUCCCGACCAAGACGUCUACAUGGGUGAACGAUACGGAUACCAUCUGCUCGCUUGGGAUGGGAGCGAGGCGACGGACGACGGCCAGGGAUACAACUACGUCACUGGUGGGGGUGGCAUAGUCAUUAGUGUUAAAAUCCUUGCCGCAUUGCUAAGCUCGUGCGAGUGUCCGUCUGCAUCCUCACCGGACGAUAUGAUCAUUGCGGCCUGUCUGUACCGACUCGGCGUUCGUCCCAUCCAUUCGCCCCUGUUUCACCAAGCUCGCCCCUCUGACUAUCCCCCGGAAACCUUAGAUGCUGGCAGCAUCUCCUUCCACAAGCACUGGCAAAUUGAUCCCUAUCAGGUGUACAACAGGUGGUUUAGACAACACGACGAAAUGUGGUACAGGGAUCGAAAAUCAACCCCCCGCUCAUCCCAGGAGCCGUUCGUAGAUGAUAGACCCACGCCAACCGAAGACACAACACUACUCCAGCCGAAACAUAUCAGUAACGAUAACGAUAGUACACGGGAGGAACAUGGCCGGCUGCCCCGUGGCAUCACGACGAAGGUCGCAGCCUCGCAGCAUUCCGUGCACAACAAACCAGAUCAGAAACCGAAGUCGGCGGGUGUAACCACGCCGAUGACAAAUGAUUACCGUCGUUAUCAAAGCGAACAUAUCAGCAAACAUUUCUGCGAAAAUAAUGAGCUCCAAUCAAACAGCAACAUGCUACUGCUGAGUAAGCAUCGUCAGAGCAGCGCUAGCAGCAGCCGCUUCCAGGAACCUAACAUAAUCAAACAUACCGAAUUUUAGAGGGCGGAAAAAGAUCUUGCCAAUAAUAGACGAAAAAAGAGGGGGUGAAUAAACCUUUUUUUCUCGUGAGCGACACCACCAAUGAAUACAAAACCAUAUAUAUGAUUUGAGGCUACUUUAAUUUGAAGUACUUUUGUUUAAGAAUUGAUUGUGAUAAUCACUGGAUUGUGAAGAAGUCCCCCUCAUACCCCAUUGUUCAAUACAUAUAUAGAUUGUACUUAUACUUUAGAAUAAA